AUGAGCGAGUGCUGUGUGAAAGGCUUUAAAUGGGCUGGAACGCCCAAAGGCCAUGAAACAAUUCUAUCAGGAAACGCAACCUAUGUGACUGGAAGCAACAGAGACGUCGCCAUACUAGUUAUACACGAUCUCUUUGGAUGGACAUUCCCAAAUAUCCGACUUCUAGCAGAUGCCUACGCAGAAGAAGUGAACGCCACCGUAUACGUCCCAGAUUUCUUCGGCGGCGAAGCCCUUUCAUCUGAAAUCCUCCGCAAAGACCCCUCAGAAUGGGGACCCCUUCAUCUCGCCGCAUUCUCAGUACGUAACAGCAAGGAAGUGCGGGAGCCCGAGAUUAUCUCCUUCACCAAAUAUCUUCGACGUAUGCAUCAGCGUAUUGGAGCUGUUGGAUUUUGUUAUGGCGGAUGGGCAGUUUUUCGUUUAGGAGCGAAGAAGCAUGAACACCUCGUUGACUGUAUUUCAACGGCACAUCCUUCCUGGCUUACUAAGGAGGAGAUACAGGAUGUUGGUGUCCCGGUGCAAAUUAUAGCGCCGGAGAUCGAUCCAGUGUUCACUCCUGAGUUGAAGGAGUUUAGCAAUCGCGUUAUCCCAUCUUUGGGAUUACCCUAUGAUUAUCAGUAUUUCCCGGGAUUGGAGCAUGCAUUUGCUGUGCGAGGGAAUGAAGGUAAUCAGGCGGAGAGGAAAGGACUUGAAAGAGCGAAGAACGCGGUGGUGCAUUGGUGCAAGCAAUGGCUUCAUGAGUAA